AUGAUAGAUUACGAGAAAAACAUCAACCAUCGGAACUUUCCCUCUUCAUCUUCAUCCGAUCUUCUUCUUGCCAUCAAUGGAGGAGCCUCAGUGGCCAAUAAGAGAAAACGUAGACCAGCAGGGACACCAGAUCCAGAUGCAGAGGUGGUAUCUUUAUCACCAAGAACGUUGCUGGAGUCAGAUCGGUACGUGUGCGAGAUCUGCAACCAAGGGUUUCAGAGAGAUCAGAAUCUCCAGAUGCACAGAAGAAGGCAUAAAGUGCCAUGGAAGCUUCUAAAGAGAGAGAAGAAAGAUGAGGAAGUUAAGAAGAGAGUCUACGUGUGUCCUGAGCCGACGUGUCUCCACCACGACCCGUGUCACGCCCUCGGGGAUCUUGUUGGAAUCAAGAAGCACUUUCGCAGGAAACACAGCGUCCAUAAGCAAUGGGUUUGUGAGAGAUGCUCUAAAGGCUACGCCGUUCAAUCUGACUACAAAGCCCAUCUCAAAACUUGCGGUUCACGCGGUCAUUCCUGCGAUUGCGGCCGCGUUUUCUCCAGGGUUGAGAGUUUCAUAGAGCACCAAGAUACUUGCACCAUCAGGCAACCUCCACCCAGCAACCACCGUCCACAGCAGCACACGGCAUGCCCUGCCGCUCCACCAAGAAUCUUUUCGACCGCAAGCUUUGGCCCUUUAUUGCAUGGACUUCCUUUGUUAAGACCACCGCCACCGUCAAAUCAACGCUCACUAGAUUUGGCUUACCCUUACAACACUUCAGCAGCUCCUUUCGAAAGCCUCGAGCUUCAAUUAUCCAUAGGUAUGGCGAAAACAUCAGCACAAGUAAAGAGAAACGAAGAGAUAGAGGCGAGUUUAGCAAAGGAGAGAGCUUAUGAGGAAGCCAUGAAGGCGGAUCAAAUGAGACAAGAAGCCAAGAGGCAGAUAGAGAUGGCGGAGACGGAUUUUGAGAAUGCCAAGAGAAUAAGGAAAGAAGCGAAAGCCGAGCUGGAGAAGGCUCAUGUUGUUAGAGAAGUAGCAAUCAAGAGGAUCAAUACAACAAUGUUGGAUAUCACUUGCCACUCUUGCAAGCAACUGUUCCAGCUCCCUGUUAUGGCUGAUGAGAGCACGUCAUCUCUUGUUAUGAGUUACGUUUCUUCGGCGACAACGGAAGGGGAAUGCGAGUGA